AUGCCAUUGCGGCUGUUGUGUCUCCACGGCUGGGGGACAAGCGAGAAGAUCCUGCGCUCCCAACUGAGCGGGCUUAUUGCGGAUUUGCAGCGGGAUAAUACAGUGACAUUUCACUUCCUCGAAGGCGAGGUCGACUCAGACGCCGGUCCAGGCAUUGCAGGCUACUAUGAUGGUCCGUAUUACAGCUACUAUAGAUUUCCGAGAACUUUCUCUGCCGAAGACGAUGACGACUCUGAGAUCUUGGAGGCGUAUGAUCUGUUGUAUGAGACUAUUGCCCACCACGGCCCCUUUGACGGGGUCCUUGGCUUCUCACAUGGGGGAACCUUGGCUGCAGGGUUCCUCAUUCACAACGCCAAAAUAUCGCCACAGGAGCCGCCUCUCUUUCGGUGUGCCAUCUUUGUCAAUUCUUUGCCACCGUUUCGUAUGCACCCGGGCGAAUAUCCUGUUAUAGAUGAGGGGCUUGAGGGCUACAUCAACCUUCCCUGUGUGCAUGUUGCAGGGGCCAAGGAUCCUUUGUUUGAAUGCUCACUUGCACUUCACCGAAUCUGUGACCCACAAUGCUCUGAAUUCGUGGUGCAUGGAAAGGGCCAUGAUAUUCCUACUGACCGGAAGAAUGUCGCCAUCCUGGCCACCGCAAUCCGAAGACUAUCGGUGACGAUGGGGAGGGAUGUGACAAUAGCCAUGUAA